UUUGAGUCUGCGAAUAUGUCUUCUCCGUGGGCAAAAGUAUUGCCCGUGGAAUCCGUGGAUCUGCAGGAGAUCAUGUCCGAGCAAUAUGCUCGACAAUUAGUUGGAACAGAAACUACUUCGCAAACAUCAGCCAAGGCAGAAACUCCUGUCGCAGAUCCAAUAGAUGACGAGUGCGUAAAGGAACCAGUGGCUGGGUGUUCGCGUUCACUUGAUUCUGGAACAGCCGCCGCCGCCGUGCCGGAAGAAGUACUCGUUGCUUUGCAGGAGGCGGAUGAAAAGGAGUUGGAAUCGGAUGCACUAGUAGCACGUUUGCUUCAGGCCCAGUUCGACGCUGAAUAUGACGAGCAGCUGAAACGCGAAGAGAACCAUCGGAACAAGGACUCGAAGGUGAAGGUGUCGUACCGAAACUAUCGCACCGUGCCAGAGGAGCUACUGUACGAGGAGCCUGUUGAAAAGCCCGUGGAUCCGAAAGCGGACUGGGACCGGUUUGUGACGAACGAAAAGGAGCAAAAGCUGCUGCCACGCACCGGUUACCGGGUGAAUGAUGAGGGUGAAAUGGUGACAAAGCACAAUCUCGACAUUAACGGCCGGAGCAACGCGUGCAAAGUUAUGUCGUUUCCGCCGGAAUUCUCGACCGGCGACGCGGCCGGCUUCGACAUGAAGCUGUCGAAUAAGGUGUACAAUCAACUGAAGACACACUCGAAGAAGGCGACCCGUAAGCACCAUAAGGCGCAAGAUCGCCGGGAAAACAUUGCAACAGCCGAGAUGGGGCUGGACGAGCCGACGCGUCUCAUACUGUACAAAUGGAUCAACAAUCAGUUGCUGGAGUCGAUCGAUGGCGUAAUUUCGACCGGCAAAGAAGCCGUUAUCCUGCAUGCUGAAACUGAUCCCGAUAACCCGAACCGAAGAGACGAUGAUCCGGUCCCACCGAAGGAGGUUGCCAUCAAGAUAUUCAGCACAACGUUAAAUGAGUUUAAGCAACGCGAUCGGUAUAUCAAAGACGACCAUCGGUUUGCGGGUCGAUUUUCUAAGCAGAAUGCGCGAACGGUGAUCAACAUGUGGGCGGAGAAGGAACUGCGAAAUCUGCACCGGAUUCGUGCUGCCGGCAUCCGGUGUCCGGCGGUGGUUGCAUUGAAGAAGAACGUACUGGUGAUGCAAUUUAUCGGGGCGAAUAUGGUACCGGCACCGAAGCUGAAGGAAGCAACGCUUUCCGAUGCCCAGCUUGUACUGGCCUAUGACGAAAUGGUGGAAAUAAUGCAUCAACUUUAUAAAGAAGCGCGCUUGGUGCAUGCGGAUUUGUCGGAAUACAACAUACUGUGGCACGAGGAAAAGUGUUGGGUUAUUGAUGUGGCGCAAUCGGUCGAACCGAGCCAUCCCGGAGCCCUAGAGUUUUUGAUGCGUGAUUGCGGUAACAUCAGCAUGUUCUUUACCAAACGUGGCGUUAGCGGAGUGAAGUGUAAAGAGGAUCUUUUCUUCGACAUCACCGGGUUGGAUGCGUUGUCGCACAAUGCGGCCAUUCUCGAGCGAAUACAUAUGAAGGGCGAACCAGCACACGUGGUGUCCGCUAUCGAUGACGAUACGGCGGAACAGUACCAACCCAAGCAGUUUCCCUUCGAUUUCGCAUGGACUAAUGUAGAAUCGUACCGGAACAAACGGAAGCAGAAACAAUGCGACGGUGAACAGGGCGCUGGAACGAGCGCAGCAUCACUACGCGGCUCAUGCAGGCCGGAAUCGGAAUCAAGUGCGUCCGAUGUCGAUGCGUUGAAGGAAGAAGCACUGGUUACUUAGAAACUAGCGGCUUUUUAAUGCCAGCUUUACCAAAACGAAAUAUGGCGUGAAGUUGCAGUGAAAUUAAAAUAUUGGUUUGAAAUAUAU